UUGUGCAAGCCUGCAGUCACAAGGAGAAGUGCUUGAUAAAUCGAGACCAUUAAAUCCAACGUGUAUUGGAGAGGUUGGAGGAAGCGGGGGUUUACACAGCUUCAAAAUGUCCAAGCCACAACCUCAGUUUUCAAACCCCGAGACUCCAGGCUAUGUUGGGUUUGCUAACCUCCCGAAUCAAGUGCACCGGAAGUCAGUGAGGAAAGGCUUUGAAUUCACACUCAUGGUUGUGGGAGAAUCCGGAUUGGGGAAAUCUACUCUGAUUAACAGUCUUUUCCUGACGGAUCUUUAUCCUGAGCGUGUGGUGCCUGGCGCAGCUGAUAAGAUUGAACGGACAGUGGAGAUUGAAGCCUCUACAGUGGAGAUAGAAGAGAGAGGUGUAAAGCUGCGCCUCACUGUGGUUGACACUCCAGGUUAUGGUGAUGCUAUGAAUUGUGAGGACUGUUUUAAGCCAAUCAUUGCCUAUGUUGAUGACCAGUUUGAGAGAUACUUGCAUGACGAGAGUGGACUGAACAGACGUCACAUUAUAGAUAACCGUGUACAUUGCUGCUUUUACUUCAUUUCUCCAUUUGGUCAUGGAUUGAAGCCUCUGGAUGUUGAGUUUAUGAAGGCUUUGCACAAUAGAGUGAACAUUGUACCUGUCAUCGCCAAAGCUGACACACUGACACUUAGGGAACGUGAGAGACUCAAGAGAAGAAUAUUAGAUGAAAUUGAAGAACAUGGAAUUAAGAUCUAUCAGCUGCCAGACGCAGAGUCAGAUGAGGAUGAGGACUUUAAAGAGCAAACAAGACUCCUGAAGGCCAGCAUCCCUUUUUCUGUUGUUGGAUCAAACCAGCUCAUUGAGGCCAAAGGUAAAAAAGUCCGUGGUCGCCUUUACCCCUGGGGUGUGGUGGAGGUGGAGAAUCCUGAGCACAACGAUUUCUUGAAGCUGAGAACUAUGUUAAUUACACACAUGCAAGACCUGCAGGAAGUAACCCAGGACCUGCAUUAUGAAAACUUCCGUUCGGAGCGCCUCAAGAGAGGUGGUGCCAGCAAAGUGGAAAUUGUGGAGGUUUCAAAGGACCAGAUACUACAGGAAAAGGAAGCAGAGCUGCGUCGCAUGCAGGAAAUGAUUGUACGGAUGCAGGCUCAGAUGCAGAUCCAGAGACAAGGAGGAGAUGGGGACGCUCAGCAUGUGUAAUGGUCCAUAAUCACAGUUCAGGGAUGGAUCCGAAUGCUGACCGCUGUUCACAUGUGACCUGUUAUCCUGUACCGAAAAUAGCAUGGCUGUCAUGUGUGGCCUUGUUACGCAUCAGUUAUACUGACAUAGGAUUUCUACAUGUUGUGUUUUAUGUCUCGUAAACAUGUAUAUAUUUUUUGGUAUGGUUAUGUUUUGCUUAGAUAAAUACACAACUUUUAUCAAACAUGCACAUACAGCCUGUUACAAAAUAGUUAUCUGCCUGUUACACUUUGUGCACACUGCCCUUAUCUUAUAAAACCUGUUUUAUACUCUGAUCACACACAACUUUUCAUAUACUCCUCGUGCUGUUUGUACUGCUAAAUUCUCAAGACUAACACUGGUUUUCUCUGCGUCACCUUUUUUUAUAGUAUUUACAAGAAAUGUAGAUUUUGUUCUGGUACUGUAUUUACAUUUAUUACAUAUCACCUACAAAUAAUGCAUUUUUCAUUCAUUCUAUGACUCUUGUCCUGAUACUUGCACUUACAUGGUUCCCCUACUAAUCUGUAGUAAAUUGUAGUGACAUGUGUUUACUAUGGGAACAAUCCCCUUGAAAUUAAUAGAAAAAAGCUGUGUUUUUAUGAGACACGGUUGUGCCCGAUUUGCUAUUAAAAGUUGCAAAGCCAUAAAAAGCUAUGUGGCACAUGCUGUUUCAGGAACAAUUGAGAGAUUGCCUUUCUGAAUUACAUUAUAUUCUCACCUCUAUUGUUAGCAUUUAAUGAAGGGAUAGAACCACUAGCUUAAAAAAUUGUGAAUUCACAUAUAAUGUAGAUGAGACUAUAGUUUGUUAGUUGAAGUUCAUAAAUACGAAUGCAUAAAACCAGAGGGAUAUUGACUACAAUUACAGUCAAAGAAUAAAUUAUCAUUUAACAAAA